GUCGGACAUUUCGUGGGUGUGUAGCUGCUGGACGUCGGACAUUUCAUCGGAUAUCAGCGAAACUAACAUCCACACUUCGGUGUCAUGGUCAAGGUGAGAUCGCUUGUACCACAAUGUAAGAAGCUGAUAUGUUGCGGUGAUAUGCUCUUCGAGCAGUAACAAGGAAUAACAAACAAAACAAGUUGAUUGGUUGAUCGCUUUACAACAUUUGAUUGGUCAAUAGCGAAGCUUUGCUGUGUGACCAGAUGUUAAGGACAAUCUGUCUGUCCAGCAGAAGAAGAGUGCUCUUCCCGUGUCCUUCAGAUGUACAAUCAUCUGACGACUCCUUGAUCCCGAGGACUUUCAUCAGCAGCCCGGCGAAAAGAGAACGGUUGACGGUCAUUACAACGUCUUCUUGGUGUCACGCAUUUGUCACAACGCAUUUGUCACAACGCCUUGUUCAUUCAACCCAUUUACAUUUUCUGUCUUUUGAAGACAGUGAUCAAAACUAGUCUACUCUAUUGAUGACAGCGUGAUUGACAGAUACCAGAAAACAUCAUCUUGGCAGUGAUCAGACCUGCUGCAACAAAUGCAGUUAAUGCAGCAUUCCAACACAAUGGUUCUAACGCCAUCAGGACAUAUCCUGAAUGUUUCUUCAAAGUCUCCUGUUUCCUAACGACAAAGUGCGCUAGGUUGUCUGUGUUAGCUGGACAUACUCUGAUUCUUUCUUCAGUCUCCUGUCUCCUAGCGCCAAACUGUUCGCUGGAGAACAUCAGCCAUGUACGCCAAGCAAUUCAGGAGAUGGACCUUCAUUCUUUUGACCUCCCUUAUGAUACUGAGUUGUCUACUCUUGUAUAGCUUUAUUUCCUCCCCGAUGAACCACUUUUGGGGAUGUACAGAGUGCAGCAGGUCAACCAGUGCUGUUGAAGCAGAGGAGACAACCAUUGAUGUCGCAAAGCAACCACAGCAGUCCUCGCCACCUCUUCAUUCACCUUCCUCUUCAGCUCCGACCGACCAUCGCCAAGAACCAGCGAGCAUUGUAACCAUGACGACCACCACACCAGACGUUCUCCACAUGCUGUCCCUGUUCGAGACUGCCCGAGCUCGCGCCUCACAGAAAGGUUUCUGUCCUCCCCUCCCUCCCGAGUUUCCUCCCGGCGCCAGCUUCUUGCCGUGCGACUGGGGUCUGCGGCGGGUUCCCUGCGCUGCGCGACUGAGAGCGAUCCUCGUCUGCCGCGACGCGUCCGCGGACAUCGCGCUGCAGAGGGUCACCGCCGUCACGCCGCCCGCCCACGUCAACUUCAACGACAGCUGCCUGGAGCGAGCGGUGCGAGCUCGUUGCUAUGGCGACGGGCUGCCCGUGCCCCGGCUACUACACUACGUGUCGCUGUCUCGCGAGGAGUUUCCCUACCAUGCCCUCCUCAGUGCCCUCAGUGCCCUCCGAUUCUUCAAACCCUGUCUGCUGCUCGUCCACGGGGAUCGUCUUCCCUUCGGGCCCGCCUGGGAGGUGCUGCUGCAGCUGGUGCCCCAGGUGGUGCACGUGGCACGUGAGCAGCCUGCCGCCAUAUUUGGCCACCAGAUCGACAUGGUGCAUCACCGCGCGGACGUCGUGAGGCUGGAGGCGAUGAUGAAGUACGGUGGCCUCUACCUCGACAUGGAUCAGCUGGUGUUGAGUUCACUUGACGACCUUCGUCAGUCUGACGUCACUCUCGGUGUGGAGUUCAACGGAAGUCGAAUCUGCAACGCCAUGUUCCUGGCCAAGCCUCAGGCAGCAUUUCUGCUUCGCUGGUACGACGCCUACAAGACUUUCAACGACAGCUGGUGGAUGCAGCACUCUGGAGAAAUUCCUUACCAGAUGGCGCUGAGCUCUCCGGGAGAGGUCAAGCUGGUCCACACUUUCUUCUCGCCAAACUUUAAGAACAUGACAUCGCUGUAUGAAGGAACCUACGACUGGCGUUCCAACCACGGUGUUCACCUGUAUUACAGGUUCAAUACCAAAUAUUUUGAGAGAGCGCAUAUUGAGAAGGUCAACAACAGCCUGGGAGAGAUUGCCAGACACAUCUUGUUUGGCUCCAGUCGUCGGUGCCUGACGUAGAGACGAGAGAGAGUGUGGAGGGAUUGUCGAGUCCUGAUUGCCUGAUCACGAUAUCACCUCAUCAAGAAUGUUUUGUUUUCAUGAAGAUUCUUGGCAAAGGACAUGGAACAGACAAAGCGAGAGAAAGACUGAGAGAUAUUGAUAUAGAGGUAGAGAGAGAGACAUAGAGCAGCAUGAAAAUGUCCAUGAGUACAACAGGUUUCCUGUGACGUUUGUCUCUAGUGUUGUUGAACAUGGCACAGAGCACAAAGUAAAGUACAAUGUGCAUAUAUAUAUAUAGGACCUAUAAAGGAAAAUAAAUUAGACCAUGUUGUAUCAUCACUGUUAUGAAUCUGAUCAUAUGGCUAAAACCUAACGUUGUUCAUAUACACAGGCACACGAAAGAAAGAAAAUCAAUGAGAAAGAAAAGGAUAUAAAACAGAAAACCUGAAUCCUGUCUGCGUCUAGUUUAAACAUCCGUGAAAUUAUUUCUCGCUCUUGGUAUCUGGGGUACGGGUUCUUCUGGAAAAAGCUUUUCAGUUGUUCUGUGGCCUGGGCCCGAAGUCGGUUCUCUUUCUGCGAGACGUCGAUGGCUGGAGAUGUGGGCAGGGGAGACAACACCGCCCUUAUCAAGUUACUUCCCUUGCUGCUCUCCUUCACUCUGUUGCUCAUUGUCACGGUGCCAGUGUGCCACAUCGUUACCUGAAAUAAAAUGUGACAGUGCCAUUUCUCGGCAUCAUGUCUGUGUCAUGAACUUCCAUUGCCAUCGAGACCCCCAUGGCGUCGACACAAUGCAAUCGUCACAGACUAAACACACAAACACACACACU